AUGCUGAUCCAUUGUGACCCACUGCGACCCAGGAGAGAAACUUGCCACGAGCUGCCAACCAGGCCCAGCCAGACCACCGACCUGAGGGGCCCCCCGGGUGAGCAGGGUCCUCCGGGGCCGCCGGGCCCCCCUGGAGUCCCGGGCAUCGACGGCAUCGACGGUGACCGAGGUCCGAAGGGUCCACCGGGCCCCCCGGGCCCCCCGGGAGAGCCGGGAAAGCCGGGAGCUCCGGGCAAGCCUGGCACACCGGGCGCAGACGGCUUAACGGGACCUAACGGAUCUCCUGGCUCUGUUGGACCGAGAGGACAGAAAGGAGAACCUGGCGUGCCGGGACCUCGUGGAUUUCCAGGCCGUGGUAUUCCUGGACCUCCUGGUCCUCCUGGGGGAGCAGGACUCCCCGGAGAGCUUGGCCGUGUUGGACCAAUUGGUGACCCUGGGAGAAGAGGACCACCGGGACCCCCUGGUCCCCCGGGACCCAGCGGAACAAUUGGCUUUCAUGAUGGAGAUCCAUUGUGUCCCAAUUCCUGUCCACCGGGUCGUUCUGGAUAUCCAGGCCUGCCAGGCAUGAGGGGUCAUAAAGGGGCGAAAGGAGAGAUUGGUGAACCUGGAAGACAAGGUCACAAGGGUGAAGAAGGAGACCAGGGCGGACUAGGAGAGGUUGGAGCUCAAGGACCUCCGGGAGCUCAAGGUUUGAGAGGUAUCACUGGCAUAGCUGGGGCCAAAGGGGAAAAAGGCGCUCGGGGCUUAGAUGGAGAACCCGGGCCGCAAGGUAUCCCUGGUGCACCUGGUGAUCAAGGACGGCAAGGACCUCUAGGAGAAACAGGUCCCAAGGGAGACAGAGGGGCUCAAGGUUCUCGAGGAAUUCCUGGUCUCCCUGGGCCCAAGGGAAACACGGGCUUGCCAGGUGUGGAUGGCCGGGACGGGAUACCUGGAAUGCCGGGAACAAAGGGUGAACUAGGGAAACCUGGACCUCCUGGUGAAGCAGGGUUGCAGGGGUUACCUGGUAUACCUGGAAUUCCUGGCGCAAAGGGUGUUGCCGGUGAAAAGGGUAACACAGGUGCUCCAGGGAAGCCCGGUCAACUGGGGAAUUCAGGCAAACCGGGCCGCCAGGGGCCACCAGGAGAGGUGGGACCCCGAGGACCUCGGGGCUUCCCUGGCAGUAGAGGUGAAGGAGGACCAGUAGGACCCCCAGGACUACCAGGUAAACUGGGUUCUCUCGGCAGCCCUGGCCUCCCUGGCUUGCCUGGCCCCCCUGGACUUCCUGGAAUGAAAGGUGACAGGGGUGUAGUUGGUGAACCUGGUCCAAAGGGUGAACAGGGUGCCUCUGGUGAAGAGGGAGAACUGGGAGAGAGGGGUGAACUCGGAGAUAUAGGAUUACCUGGCCCAAAGGGAUCUGCAGGUAACCCCGGGGAGCCUGGCUUGAGGGGACCCGAAGGAAGCCGGGGGCUUCCUGGGGAGGAAGGGCCGCAAGGACCACCUGGCCCGCGAGGCGUGCAGGGAGAACGGGGCGCCACCGGCCUGCCUGGGAUCCAGGGCCCCCCCGGCAGAGCACCAACCGAUCAGCACAUUAAGCAGGUUUGCAUGAGAGUCAUACAAGAGCAUUUUGCUGAGAUGGCUGCAAGUCUCAAGCGUCCAGACUCCGGAGCCUCGGGCCUCCCCGGGCGGCCUGGCCCCCCUGGUGCCCCAGGCCCCCCUGGAGAGAACGGUUUCCCAGGCCAGAUGGGACUUCGAGGCCUCCCAGGCAUGAAGGGCCCCCCAGGGGCUCUUGGUUUGAGGGGAGCGAAAGGUGACAUGGGGGAAAGAGGUGAUCGUGGCCCCCCAGGAAGAGGUCCCAAAGGUUUGCCCGGGACUUCAGGUCUCCCAGGUGACCCAGGUCCUGCCAGCUACGGGAGGAACGGCCGGGAUGGUGGGCGAGGCCCCCCAGGGGUGGCAGGCAUCCCUGGUGUACCCGGCCCCCCGGGCCCUCCUGGCCCUCCUGGUUUCUGCGAGCCAGCCUCCUGCACCUUACAGGCUGGGCAGCGGGCAUUUAACAGCAAAGGUCCAGAUCAAUCAAAGGCUUAG